ACGUGAAACUUUGCCGAGGAGCUGUUUGGUAUGUGUGCUGGUAGUGGCUCCGUUAACUCUGCAGACUGACCAACUUCAGAGAGAGGCUCACUGCGCUGCUGUUGCCUAUUUUUAGAAAUCUGUCCAAUGGAGGAAAAACGAAGGGACUUAAAGUAACCAGGGAGGAAAAAUUAUAUUACAAAAAAAAAAAAAAAAAAUCCUGACUGCCUCAGAAUGAGCACACACAAAGCCUCGGAGUAAGGGAAUUCAACAACCUAACAGACGGCUGUUUUUUCUAUUUAUUUAACUCUACUUUAAAAGUCAAAUUGCUGUGGCCCCUGGAGAAAGUUGCGCGCUGCGCCAUGGCUGCCCAGUGCGACCCUCUGAGCGGAUACUUGCAGCAGCAGCAGCAGCAGCAGUCAGACCAGGGCUCCAACAGCGAGCGCAGCACCGACUCCCCACUCCCCGGAUCAGAGGAGGACCUUAGCGGCCCCCAUCCACUGCCAGACCCGGAGUGGACAGAGGAGAGGUUCCGGGUGGACCGUAAGAAGCUGGAAAUCAUGUUGUUAGCUGCCUCUGAAGGGCGAGUAAAUGGCGGUGAGGAUUUCUUUCAGAAGAUCAUGGAUGAGACCCAAACACAGAUAGCCUGGCCUUCCAAACUGAAAAUUGGAGCCAAGUCCAAGAAAGAUCCACACAUCAAAGUGUGCGGAAAAAGAGAUAAUGUGAGAGAAGCUAAAGACAGAAUCAUGUCUGUGCUUGACACAAAGAGCAACAGGGUGACUCUGAAGAUGGACGUUUCCCACACAGAGCACUCCCACGUCAUUGGCAAAGGUGGCAACAACAUCAAGAGGGUGAUGGAGGAGACAGGGUGCCACAUCCAUUUCCCUGACUCAAACAGGAACAACCAGGCAGAAAAAAGCAAUCAGGUUUCCAUUGCAGGACAGCCAGCAGGCGUGGAGGCAGCUCGUGUAAAAAUAAGGGAGCUGCUACCUCUCGUGCUGUCUUUCGAACUCCCCGCCAUCAUGCAGUCUGACCCAAGCUCUCCCACUGUGCAACACAUCUCACAGACAUACAACCUCACAGUUUCCUUCAAGCCCCCAACACGUCUCUACAGGGCCACCGGAGUUGUCCGUGGUUCACAGAAUAACGUCAGUGCUGUAAAGAGAGGUACUGCUCUGUUGCUGGAACACCUGGCUGGAAGUCUAGCGAGCACCAUCUCCAUCACCACCCACUUGGACAUUGCACCCCAACACCACCUUUUCAUGAAGGGACGCAACGGCAGCAACAUCAAACACAUAACCCAGAGAACGGGAGCCCAGAUCCACUUCCCCGACCCCAAUGGCCCCCAGAAAAAAUCCACAGUCUACAUUCAGGGCACCAUCGAAUCUGUUUGCCUAGCACGGCAGUAUCUUAUGGGCUGCUUGCCUUUAGUGUUAAUGUUUGACAUCAAAGAGGACAUUGAGGUGGAACCUCAGUGCAUUACAGCACUAAUAGAGCAACUGGAUGUCUUCAUCAGCAUAAAACCGAAGCCAAAGCAGCCCAGCAAGUCGGUCAUCGUGAAGAGUGUGGAAAGAAAUGCUGUCAACAUGUACGAAGCUCGGAAAUUCCUCUUGGGUCUUGAAAGCAAUGGGGUGUCCUCCUCUUCACCCUCCCUGGCACUGAAUCCCCCCAAUAAUGGUCCAUCGCCAUCCCUCAUUUGCCCUGUCGGCCUGGACAUCCUGACCUCAGCUGGCCUGGGGCUGAGUAAUCUGGGUUUCUUAGGUGCAACAGCACCCCAUUCCCUCCCCACAUCUCCUACUCCAAACACCGUUUUGAACAGUUUAAACUCAGCUCUGAGCCCGCUGCAGACACCCAACCCAAACACCCCCACUCCGCCCCCCUCUAUGUGGCCUAGCUCGCUCACCAGCACCCAAAGCUUCACGUCACAGCUAGUGCUGCACCCUGCAGCUCAGGCCACUCUAAGCAGCAUCCUAAUGUCAGGAGUGCAGAGUUACACACACAGCACACCAUCUCCUCCGCCGGGCCUAGCCCCUAUAGACAAGCAGCCAAACGGGGUCCCUGAAUGCGCUCUUAAUGGACAUGUCAAGCAUCCUUAUGGGAGAUUAGCGCCAGCAUCGCUCACAGAAACGGUUUUAAGUCCAGCGCCAUGCGACUCGGCCCAGGAGGCCAGCGGACACAACCCUUCAGAGCCACUGUCAAGCAAAUCCAACCCAGAUGAAGGCUCAGACACAUUUGUGGAAGUGGGCAUGCCGAGGAGCCCCUCUCACUCAGCCAAUGGCAGCGAACUGAAACAGAUGCUGGCUUCGUGCAAGACGUCAUCUGGGAAGCGACAGGCUGUCGAGCUCCUGCAGGGCACCAAGAACUCCCAUCUACAUUCUGACUGUCUCCUGUCGGACGCUGAGUCCAGCUCGUCGGACGGGCCUGUGGCAGAUAAGAGGGCGCCGGGGAGCGAGCGGGCAGCUGAACGGGCAGCACAGCAGAAUGAGAGGGAGAGGAUCAGACUGGCACCACAGACCUCUUUUGCCAACAUGCAGGCAUUUGACUAUGAACAAAAAAAGCUGUUGGCAACCAAAGCAAUGUUAAAGAAGCCUGUGGUGACAGAGGUACGAACCCCAACAAACACUUGGAGCGGUCUGGGCUUUUCCAAAUCCAUGCCAGCUGAGACCAUCAAGGAGCUGCGGAGGGCCAAUCACGUCUCAUAUAAACCCACCAUGAGCACCACUUAUGAGGGUUCUCCGCUGUCUUUGUCUCGAUCUGGCAGCAGAGAAGGCGUGGGGAGUGGCAGUGACUCAGAUAACUGGAGGGAAAGAAACGGGAACGGGCUGCCGAACCACACAGAGUUCCCCUCUGCUGUCAGCAGUCCGAAGAGAAAGCAAAACAAAUCUGUUGCAGAGCAUUACCUCAGCAGCAGCAACUACAUGGACUCGAUCUCCUCAGUAACUGGCAGCAACGGCUGCAACCUGAAUUCUUCCCUGAAAGGCUCAGACCUUCCUGAGCUCUUCAGCAAACUGGGUUUGGGGAAGUACACCGACAUCUUCCAGCAGCAGGAGAUCGAUCUCCAGACAUUCCUGACUCUCACAGACCAGGACCUGAAGGAACUAGGAAUCACUACAUUUGGUGCCCGCAGGAAAAUGCUACUUGCUAUUUCAGAACUAAACAAGAACCGCAGGAAGCUUUUCGAGCCACCCAUCAGGUCCUCCUUCUUGGAAGGGGGAGCUAGCGGCCGACUUUCCCGCCAGUUUCAUGCAGACAUGGCUAGUGUCAGCGGCCGAUGGUAGACGUCGCCCGGAAACCAUCCGUAAAGACGGUGUUUUUCAUUGGUGCACAAGUUCCUGCGGUUGUGUACUCCUACUUCAUUCUUGUAAACUUUUGCAUUAAUAUGCAAACAAAGUCUGUUUUUUUUUUUUAUUUUGUCUUUUUUAAGCCAUAGUUUUACCUGAAGUGCCAACUAAAAAUAAGGGAUUUUUUUCAGUGUUAACUCCUUACAGCAACUCUAUCUAAAGCAUUCCUAAAGGGAUGCUAACAGUAUGGUUCUAAAGAAGGGUACUGUCCAGUAUUUGUCUCCAAGUUUUUCAUAAAGGGAACAGGCAGAAUGAUUAGUAUAAUCCUUUUACCGAUUGAUACUACCUGCAUUCGUAUUAUGCGAUUGUAUCAGUGAUAUGCACUUUAUUACUAGAUUUUUGCCUGUCGGAGCCUUACUCUUUACAAUGAAGGAAUAUAAUCUAUAGUUUGUUUGUUUUUUUUCUAUAGAAUGAAAGCACAGAUGCAUUUUGUACCAAAAAAAUAAAUGCAAGGAAGCACUUAGCCAGUGAGAUUAAGACUCCUCCAAAUGAAGUAGGUCUCCACACCCAAGCAGUGACUCCGUCUGCUUUAAAGAACUAGUUUUGAUUCAUGAAGCAAGGUUCUGUUAAGAAUCUUUAAGCAGCUGAUAUAUGACAUUCAGAAGAUGAUUUACGAUCUUGGUUUACUAUAAAUCGAGAUGAUAGGUCUUGUAGCUGAAGCUUGUUACACCGUUAUCAUAUUUGCAUACGAUGGCUGAUUACGCUGAAGCCUAAUAGGAAAUGAAUGAUAGGAAAUGAAUGCUGAAGGCGGUGCGCCAUUUAUAAUCUUCCCACGUACUGAGAGCAGAAAAAAAAUGUAAGGCAUUUCAGGUUCGAGUAAACGCGUGAUAUAAAAGUAAAGCACUGUUAAAAUGAAUAAAGUUGCAUUUGCCUGAUCUGCGACGAUAAUCUUCCUUUUAUAUCAGUUACUCUAAAAAGAUGCCACAUGUUCCUUUAUCAGUACAUGUUUGACACUUGAUGAUUAUUGGUGGCUCCAUAACCACCCGAUGCAGACAUAGCGAUUGGUUUAAGUUUUCUAAAAUCAUUUUACUUCUGUUUGUUCUCAAUCACUUUCAGACCAGUUGUUAGCUUUAGCCCUCAACACCAACUGCUCACAACCUUGCUUCUUAAAUCCUGAACUAUCUCUUAAGCAAAAUAAACCAAAGAAAAUAACAGUGGCCUUUAACCUCUAGCUGUCCGUAGUGUGUCGGAAGGAAUCCUUUUUGUCUGUUUAUAUCAAGGCGAAGCUCUUUUGUAUUCUUUCAUUAUGAUUUAAUGUUAUUAUUACUAGUUUAGGCAAAUGAGUGGAAUGUUUGUUGUUAAUCAGUUUACAUAUGUAUUUUUAUAUUUUUGUGACGAGUUUUAUUGAUUUUAAUGUGUUUUUGCAUUUAUUGUAUCUUAUAAUUUUUUUUCUGCCCUUAAAUCUGUGGAGCCAUAAUAUGGCUGUGCCAUAACCCAGCAGCAGAGACAUGAGGCGGUCAAACUAAGCCUUAAAAGCCCUGAUUGUCUCAUAGUGCAUGUCUCAUCCAUUAUUUGUGAUGCCCUUUAAAUCUCUACUCGCUAUUACUUGUAUCCAGAAUUUGAGGUACUCUACUCAACACUUGCGUGCCAUUUUAUUUCACAACAGGGCAAAGCUGUGCAUUUGUAGCACUAAGUGCCUAUAUACGAAAGUUUUUUUUCAGCAAGGAGAAAUUUUAAUACUUAGGUAUGACUUUCCUUGUCCAGAUAGAACUUGUAUCAGACAAAAAAAAAACAAUGCAUUAGCAGCAAUGCUUGUCUAGUGUGAGACUUUCUGCAGACACAAAUAUGGAGAGAGAAAUAUCGCCAAAAGGUCUGAGAUUUAAGAGAAAAACAAAGAAAAAUUUGGAUUUUUCUACUAUCAGACGUUUAAUCUAAUAUCCAACAAACCUUGUUUAGCAGGCUUCAGUGAAGUAACAGGAUUCUAAAAGCAUUAAUGUUUAUAAUUGGAGCCUUUGCUUGUUCUGUAUUCGUCUUGGACAUUUCAGGCAUGUGUUUUCAAAAGGAGGAACAUAAUUUCCCAGCAGAUCAUUAACGGAUGAGUGAAAUAUUUUUUUCUUUUUUUUUAUGGUAUUCUUAAACCAUUUCUGAUUUAAUCUAGAAACUAUCUGCUAAUAUCCUGAGCGUUUCCAAGUGCAAUUAGGUGGCUCUUUGUAAAGUAAAUUUUUGUUCAUAUUUGCAGUGCAUUCAUUCUAAAAGGGAAGAAUGAGAAGAGCAUUGUUUGAACUAAGAGUGUAUAAAAUCCCUGAUUCAUAUUAUUUUUAUACAUUUCAUUUUAAAAAAAAAACCAAAAGCUAAAGGGAAUCACUUUUCAAAUCUGAUUUCAGUUGUUUUUCGUGUGGCUUUGCUGAAUAAUAUUCUGACAUGGGUGCUAAUGCAGACCAGGUACAUCAGUCUAUUUUAUUUCAAUUCUUUUUGAAGUCUUAAAAUAUGAAGAGUUUGGGAUCCUUUUUUUUCUGAGAGGAAACCAUGGUUUGUUUUACCUCCACACAUCAUGUUACUUAGAUCUGGAGUUCUUGAGCACCCCACCCCUCAGCAGUGCUGUGACGCGUGUUCCUGCUCUGGCAGACAUUUGUUUUCUCCCUUCUCAUACUUCAGAAGGACAGCAGGGUUUAGAAAAUGAUCCAUGUUUGGCCUUGCAGGUCAAAAAAAUAUUUAACAAGUUCAAAUUUACCACCACCUUGUUAAACCUUUGUCCUCAAUUCUAUUUUCUCGAUUAUGUCUUAGAGUUAUGCUAUUGUUCUUUGCAAGAUGGUGUAUUUGCAGGACCUUUAUACUGCAGUUGAAUGGUACAUUUAUAGUAAAUGUAAACCACUACACAAAUUAUGGUUUAAUGUUUUUGUUUUUUUUAUAUUCAGCUGUUAUUUUUUUUUAAUACAGGUACAAUUAUUUUCAAUGUUCCAGGAAUUAAACGGUGUGUGAAACAUUUCCAUAAGGCUAAAGUUCUGUUCACGUACCAUCUGUUGAUACUGAUGUUAUUCUAACUGUACGGUAGCACAUAUAUAUAUGCAGAAAACAUCUGGCAGAAAAAAAAAAGUUUGCUCAAAGAUUCAAA